AUGCGGUCUCCAGCGCUCUCGCUUGCCCAGAGAAUCAGACCCCGCAUCUUUGUUUGCGCGCUCGAACCUAUUUCCCUUCGACCACCAGAUAUCUUACACUGCCCAUCGCUCAUUUUCCUGCACCAGUCACGCAAUUUUAAAUUAUUCACAAGAAUUAUCACGAUGUCUCUAAAUUGGGUCAUGACAACUCCGCAAGAUCCAGGUUUUAUUAGGCUUCCAAACGAACAUAUACUUUAUAAAAGUCCCUCAAGGACAAGCAUCGACAUCAGUUCAACAACCGAAAUCACGAGUGCCCAACCCUUCUCUAUAAAAUGCGACUCUGGAACUAUCUACAUCACAAAUCAGAGACUGGUAUAUCUGCCGACUAAACCAUCUUCGGAUUUAAAGUCUUUUUCAUCGCCUAUCCUUAAUCUCCAGGAUACAUAUGUUCACGCUCCAUUUUUCGGUGCAAAUUACUGGGUUGGUCUUUGCAAACCCGUCCCAGGAGGAGGUGUUCCGCCGCCUCACCCAGUAGUCGACGUAAAGCUUACGUUUCGCGAAGGUGGCGCAUUCCAAUUCCACGCAAUAUUCGAGCAGAUAAAAGAACGCCUAAACCAAACUUAUGCUAUUGCUCAUGAAAAUUCCCGACAAUGUGUUGACUUUUCAAAUGUAGAUUUGGAGCCGCUACCAGUUUACCGGCCCUCAAGAGAAGAUGACAUACCUCCUGUUCUAACCUCAUCAAACAUUAUUUUUGAAAACGAAGAUAGCAUUCCAAGAAGCAAUUUAUCCGAAAACAGUAAUUUAAGACCUAUACCCAACGAAGCACCCCCCGGCUACGAAGAAAUGCAGGCCCAAGCUGUUUGGAUGGAAGUUGAGCGUGGACUGAGGCUUGAGGCUGGUAGAGCUACUUCUGCGGCAUAA